UGUAUGUAUGCGAGCGAGACAGAUUAGAUUAGAUACACUUUAUUGUGCAGUGUGUGUAUACCUAUAUAUAGAUUCAUGUUCUUAUCCUUGAAGCUUUUUUCAUUGUGAACUUGUACUUAUUAUAAUAUUAUUAUAAUUAUUUUACUAAAACUUCUAUAAUAUAGUUACAAAACUUAUUUAUAUUUUUAAAACACACACGAAAUGUUUUAUUGCAGAUUGACAUGUGGCUGUUGAUUUUGCAACAACCCUUUUUUAUAAACCCUAAACCUUAUUUUUGAGCCUUAAAUAAUUAAUUCAGCUACUUUAAACUACUUAAUACUAUUUCUUUUAUAACUGCCACGUUGCUAAAGGUGCCUAUAUUACUACGCUACAAGCAUCUCAGUUAUAUGUUUUCACAAUUCGAAUCUCGCGCGUGCAUCGCGCUACCAAUUUACAUAUAUAUGCUUUCUACAAUAGAUACCAACUGCGCGUAUUAGGCAAGGAGUAUGGAACAUACCAUACCGGGUGUCCGGGUAUGUUCCAUUUCUCGAAGUGUUGUGGGUUUUGGCGUUUGGUAGCGUUAGUUUGAGCGUGGGAUAGUGCGCGUGCAAGGAUGUCGCUCACCUGUGCAAUUUCUAACGAUGUGCCAGAGCAUCCAGUGAUUUCUCCAGUCUCCGGAUCGAUUUUCGAACGGAGACUUAUUGAAAAAUACUUGAAUGAAAAUGGAGUUGACCCUGUCAAUGGUCAAGAAUUGACUGUUGAACAACUGAUUGAUAUCAAAGCCACACCUGUAACAAAAGCAAGACCACCAAGUGCUACAUCUAUACCAGCAAUAUUAAAAAUCCUGCAAGAUGAAUGGGAUGCAGUUAUGCUGCACUCGUUCACACUGCGGCAGCAGCUCCAAACUGCUCGACAAGAAUUGUCUCAUGCACUUUACCAGCAUGACGCAGCUUGCAGAGUUAUUGCAAGGCUGACCAAGGAAGUUACAGCCGCUCGAGAAGCUUUGGCUACAUUGAAGCCACAAGCUGGUAUUACGCAGAGUGGUAUUCCUCAACCAGCAAUUGCUGCAGAAGCUGGUGGUGUUGCAAUGCAACCUAAUGAGCAGGCAGGAAUCACUGAUGAUAUCAUACAAAAAUUACAAGAAAAAGCUACAGUUCUCACACAAGAAAGGAAACGAAGAGGUAGAUCAGUUCCAGAAGAUUUAUUAUCACAAGAAAGUAUUCGUUCUUUCCAAACACUUGCAUCACAUCCUAGUCUUCAUUCAGCUAGUAUUCCUGGUAUUUUGGCUCUUGAUAUACAUGCUGCAGAUACAAGUAAAAUUCUAACAGGAGGAGCGGAUAAGAAUGCAACAGUGUUCAACAAAGAUACUGAGCAAAUCAUUGCAGUCUUGAAGGGACAUACGAAGAAGGUUACAAAAGUCAUAUAUCAUCCAGAGGAGGAUGUUGUAAUGACAGCUUCACCAGAUACAACAAUUCGAGUAUGGAAUGUAGGAACUUGCCAAACUUCGAUUUUGCUAAGAGCUCACGAUGCACCAGUUACUGGACUUUCAUUGCACCCAACAGGGGAUUAUUUACUCAGUUCAUCUCUUGAUCAGCACUGGGCAUUUAGCGACAUCCGUACGGGAAGAUUAUUAACAAAGGUUGCUGGACAAGGUAGUCAACCUUUAACCACAGCUCAAUUCCAUCCAGACGGGCUUAUUUUUGGAACCGGUACUGCAGAUUCCCAAGUUAAAAUCUGGGACUUAAAGGAGCAAUCCAACGUUGCAAAUUUCCCUGGUCACUCUGGACCAAUUACGGCUAUUAGUUUCUCUGAAAAUGGUUACUACUUAGCUACAGCAGCUGAAGACUCAUGUGUUAAACUGUGGGAUUUACGAAAAUUGAAAAACUUCAAAACUUUACAACUUGAUGAAUCUUAUGAAGUUAAAGACAUUUGCUUUGAUCAGAGUGGUACUUAUCUCGCAGUUGCCGGGUCAGACGUUAGGAUUUACUUAUGUAAGAUGUGGAAUGAGUUGAAAAUACUGAAUGAUCACACAGCUCUUGCCACUGGUGUAAGAUUUGGAAAGAAUGCCCAUUAUGUUGCAUCCACCAGCAUGGAUCGUACAUUGAAGCUGUAUGGUGUAAUGUAAUAAAAGCUGUAAAUUAAUUCAGGAUAUGUUUGAUUUAGAUAUAUAAUUUUAAUGAAUUACGAAUGUUGCUGGCAAACCUAAAUAUGAUUUUAUACGAUGAUCUAUAGAUAUAGAAAUGAUUGCGUGAGUGUCUUAUAAAAUUGUAAAAAAGUAUUCUACAUUUUGACUUGAUUUCACAAUUCUCUCAGUAAGUUAUAAAAUGAAUGAAAAGUUUGCGUUUGCGAAUUCACAAAUGAACGCCAAUAAAUAAAACAACAAAUACUUAUAUUGCUUUUUUAAUUACUACUUACAAGGAAAUCUCAUUAAAAAUCAAUGAUGAUUAACGUUGUUGAGAUUAAAAAUAUAGAAAACAUAACACGACUUUAGUCGAUUGAAUUAAGUUAUACCGAAUACUUGUGGAUUUACAUAUUAAUUUAAAUACUUAUCACACUUUGUCAAAUAAACUAUCAAUAUAGCUCGA